AUGACUGAGCUGAGUGCCCAAGUUAAAGGCUCUCUCAACAUCACCACCCCUGGCAUCCAGAUAUGGAGGAUCGAGGCCAUGCAGAUGGUACCUGUUCCCUCCAACACCUACGGGAACUUCUUCGAGGGAGACUGCUAUGUCAUCCUGGCUACCCACAAGACGAGCAACAACCUGUCCUACGACGUCCACUUCUGGAUCGGCCAGGCCUCGUCCCAGGACGAGCAGGGGGCGGCCGCCAUCUACACCACCCAGAUAGAUGACUUCCUGAAAGGCAAGGCCGUCCAGCACCGCGAGGUCCAGGGCAACGAGAGCGAGACCUUCCGAGGCUACUUCAAGCAGGGCCUGGUCAUCCAGAAGGGAGGCGUGGCUUCUGGCCUGAAGCAGGUGGAGACCAACUCCUAUGAAGUCCGCCGGCUGCUGCACGUCAAGGGGAAGAGGAACGUGGUGGCUGGAGAGGUGGAGAUGUCCUGGACAAGUUUCAACCGAGGGGACGUUUUCCUCCUGGACCUUGGGAAGCUUAUUAUCCAGUGGAACGGGCCGGAGAGUAACCGCAUGGAGAGACUCCGGGGCAUGACUCUGGCCAAGGAGAUCCGAGACCAGGAGCGGGGCGGGCGCACCUACGUGGGUGUGGUGGAUGGGGAAAACGAGUCGGCAUCCCCAAAGCUGAUGGAGAUCAUGAACUACGUGCUGGGCCAGCGUCGCGAGCUGAAGGCGGCUGUGCCGGACUCGGUGGUGGAGCCGGCACUCAAGGCCGCCCUCAAGUUAUACCACACGUCUGACUCGGGGGGGAAGAUGGUGGUGAGGGAGAUCGCCACGCGGCCACUCACGCAAGACUUGCUCAGUCACGAGGACUGCUACAUCCUGGACCAAGGGGGCCUGAAGAUCUUCGUGUGGAGGGGGAAGAAUGCCAACGCCCAGGAGAGGAAGGAGGCCAUGAACCAGGCGCUGAACUUUAUCAAAGCCAAGCAGUACCCGCCGAGCACGCAGGUGGAGGUGCAGAACGACGGGGCUGAGUCGGCCGUCUUCCAGCAGCUCUUUCAGAAGUGGACGGUGCCCAACCGGACCUCAGGCCUGGGCAAAACCCACACCGUGGGCUCCGUGGCUAAGGUGGAGCAGGUGAAGUUCGACGCCACGUCCAUGCACGUCCAGCCUCAGGUGGCUGCCCAGCAGAAGAUGGUGGAUGACGGGAGUGGGGAUGUGGAGGUGUGGCGCAUUGAGAACCUGGAGCUGGUGCCUGUGGAGUCCAGGUGGCUGGGCCACUUCUUCGGGGGUGACUGCUACCUGCUGCUCUAUACCUACCUGAUCGGCGAGAAGAAGCACUACCUGCUCUACAUCUGGCAGGGCAACCAGGCCAGCCAGGAUGAAAUCGCGGCUUCAGCCUAUCAAGCUGUGAUCCUGGACCAGAAGUACAACGACGAGCCGGUCCAGAUCCGGGUCUCGAUGGGCAAGGAGCCGCCCCACCUCAUGUCCAUCUUCAAGGGACGCAUGGUGGUCUACCAGGGAGGCAGCUCCCGAGACAACAACAGCCUGGACCCUGCAACAACCACGCGGCUGUUCCAGGUCCGGGGCACAGGCAUUAACAACACCAAAGCCUUCGAGGUGCCGGCCCGGGCCACGUCCCUCAACUCCAACGACGUCUUCAUCCUUAAGACCCCGUCCUGCUGCUACCUGUGGUGUGGGAAGGGCUGUAGCGGGGACGAGCGGGAGAUGGCCAAGAUGGUUGCUGACACCAUUGCCCGGACGGAGAAGCAGGUGGUGGUAGAAGGGCAGGAGCCGGCCAACUUCUGGAUGGCUCUGGGUGGGAAGGCCCCCUACGCCAACACCAAGAGACUGCAGGAGGAAAACCUGGUCAUCACCCCCCGGCUCUUCGAAUGCUCCAACCAGACCGGGCGCUUCCUGGCCACGGAGAUCCCCGACUUCACUCAGGACGACCUGGAAGAGGAAGAUGUGUUCCUGCUGGACGCCUGGGACCAGGUCUUCUUCUGGCUUGGGAAGCACGCCAAUGAGGAGGAGAAGAGGGCGGCAGCCGUCACCGCACAGGAGUACCUCAAGACCCACCCCAGCGGCCGCGACCCCGAGACCCCCAUCAUCGUGGUGAAGCAGGGCCACGAGCCCCCCACCUUCACGGGCUGGUUCCUGGCGUGGGACCCCUUCAAGUGGACUAACGCCAAAUCCUAUGAGGACCUGAAGGCGGAGAUCGGCUACUCUGGGGACUGGAAUGAGAUCUCUACUGAGGUCACAAACCCCAGCGUGGACGUGUUCAACGCCUACACCAGCCUUAGUUCCGGGCCUCUGCCCAUCUUCCCCCUGGAGCAGCUGGUGAACAAGCCUGCGGAAGACCUCCCUGACGGGGUGGACCCCAGCCGGAAGGAGGAGCACCUGUCUGUUGAAGAUUUCACCAAGGCCUUGGGGAUGACUCCGGCUGCCUUCUCCGCCCUGCCUCGAUGGAAGCAACAGAACCUCAAGAAAGAGAGAGGACUGUUCUGAGAAGCAGAAUUGGGGUUGGAAAGCAGUGCCCUACCUUGCUUUUAGGGGUUCCUUGCCUUUAUUACUGGGAUUAGUCCUUUGCCGGUUGAAGUGAAGUUUUAAAUUGUACCUGUGAGCAGCAGGCUUGCAAUGGCAUUUUUGCUUAGUAAUCGACACAUUCCUUUAGAAAGACGCCGGGUCUGCAGGGAGCCUGUGGUCCAGCGGUGGCUGUGAAGGUGCUGUUUCUAUCCUGGGGUGUUGCAUCGCUGUGACCAUCCAGUGCAGGGCGUUCCCUUCCUAGACAAGCGAACACUCCACGCACCAUCAGAGUUUGGAGGCCCCGCUCUAGCUGCUUCUCCAUCAUGAUUCAUUGUUAUCCACGGCAGACGGGCAGAAGCAGCUUGCAAUUUAUUUUUUCCAGGAUAACGGCUUCUCCUUCUCCCAUACACCUUUACUGCCUUGCUCGGGUGGUCAGUGAACGAGGAGGACCCCUUCUUUGAAGGACAGUUAAAUGGGCUAGGAGACUGCUCUCUUGGGUUUCACAAUGCUCACCAGCUCACUGUAGCCAGAGCACAACACAGCCCCUGGGCGGAGGCUGGAGGCCUACAGGCAGGCAGGCGCCGCCCCGCCACUGUUACUCCUGCCCCCUCCUGGUGCUCUGCACAGGACCGCAGAGGAAGAGCUAAGGCCACUGCUGGGCUUACCACGGGUCAUCCCGAAGCCCCUGGAAAGCUUCCACAGGCUCCUCAGCUGACAACCAGGCACUCGGUGGUGACUUCAGCCAAACCCCGGUCUGAAGUUCGUUUCCUCUGAGGAGUCAGAGUGCUGCAUCAAGUGCAGGUGGCCACAGCUUCACAGCGGGCUGCGGAGUGUCUGCAGGAGUGUGUCCUCAGAAAUGACAGCCGCGCGAACAGGUUAAUAAAGGCUUUAAUUUC